AUGAAGCUCACACUCACCCUACUCUCCGUCCUCCUGGCGGCGCCCUCUUCAAUCCUCUCCAAGCCCGUCUCCUCUAACGCGCUCAUACCCCUGGCCCCGCGCACAAACAAGUACCGCGGCCAUUAUAACCCAGGCGGCCCGCGUCACCACGCGUUCCCGCAACACCAUCACCGCAGAGAGGUGCAUCUGCGGGCGUCGCGCAAUGAGACGGAUGAUGUAGCGGACGAGUUCCUGGCAGCUCUCAGUGAGGCCAAUUGCGGAGGCACACUAGUGCUCAAGAAGGGCAAAACUUAUGUGCUAGGAAAAAAAUUGGACUUGACGUUUUUGGAUGAUAUUGUGGUGCAACUGGAUGGUCAGAUCUUGUUUACAGACGAUAUCGCAUACUGGCAAGCCAACAACUUCUUCCACCCCUUCCAGAACUCCAUCACUUUCUGGCAAUGGGGCGGGAAAGACAUCGUAAUCAAAGGUACCGGAGAGAUCAACGGCAAUGGUCAAGCCUGGUACGACGGCUUCGCUGGCCGUGAAAUUCUUGACCCUAACAACGUCUACCUACGCCCUAACCUCUUCACUGCUGUAAACGCAACUGGUCUCCUCAUUGACGGAAUCACCUUCCGCAAUUCACCAUGCUGGACCAACUUCCUAAUCACGUCCAAAGAUAUCUUCUACAACAACGUCCUGAUCGAGGCCCAAUCCACCAACGCCAAUCUUCCCAAGAACACCGACGGCUGGGACUCAUACAACGUCGACGGCCUAACCGUGACCAACGCGCGCGUGAACAUCGGCGAUGACUGCUUCAGCCCAAAGCCAAACACCACCAACAUCUUUGUGCAGAACCUCUGGUGUAACGGCACCCACGGUGUCUCCAUGGGCAGCAUCGGCCAGUACUCGGGAGUCAUGGACAUCAUUGAGAACGUCUACAUCGAGAAUGUGACCAUGCACAACUCACAGAACGGUGCGCGCCUCAAGGCGUGGGCGGGCGAGAGCACGGGAUACGGCCGCAUGAACAACAUCACAUACAAGGACUUUGUCAUGGACAACGUCGACUACCCGCUCAUCCUCACCCAGUGCUACUUCAACAUCAACAGCACCGAGUGCGCAAAGUACCCGUCAGAAGUCAAUAUCUCAAACGUCACCUUCAUUAACUUUACCGGUGAGUCGUCGGGCUCGCGCGGGAAGCUCACGGUCGAGGUUAUUUGCUCGCCCAAUGCCGUCUGCGAGGACAUCUACAUGGAAGAUAUCGAGAUGACCACGCCGUUCGGCGAUCAGGUGUUUACCUGCGAUGGUGUCACCGGUGGGAUCGGCGUGGAUUGUGUUGCGUCGAAUUCGACAGAGGGUUUGGCAGCUCUGGCGACUACGAUUCCAAGUACGAAUUUGUAG